AUGUAUAUUGUCAUGGCAAUCUUGGCAGUUGAACUGAUACGUUGCAUUUUAAAACUUAUGUACGAGAAGAAAAAAUAUCAAAUAUCAAAGAAAGAAAUACCGAUACUUCUCGCCAAUAAAGAUUCCCUCGGAAAGAAUACUGUCUAUAAAGAAACAACUUCAACUUCAUUAACGAAAUUAACAAAGAAUAAUGAUAAUUUUACCGCUAAACAAUUUAAUCAAAAACCAAGCGGUAUUUUGUCGAAUGAUGCACAAGACAGAGCAUUAACAUCAUUUGAAAAUCUGAAACUUAAAAUAUCUAUGCCAUUAGAACGGAGUGAAGUAGAAAAUAUUACAGAUGAGAGACUUAAAAUAUAA